AUCAAGUUCGACAGCGUGGAGGUGUGUGUCUGCUGUGAGCUGCAGCACCACUCAUCCGGAUGCAGCAACCUGGGGGAGACGCUGAAGCUGAACCCACUGCAGGAAAACUGCAAUGCUGUGAGGCUGACCUUGAAGGAUCUCCUCUUCAGCGUGUGCGCCCUCAAUGUCCUCUCUACCAUCGUGUGUGCAUUGGCCACAGCCAUGUGCUGCAUGCAGAUGGUCUCUGCCGAUGUCCUGCAGAUGUUCUUCCCACAGAGGUCUCACUCUGCUGGUGCUGCCUGCGUGACCCCACACGGCACCAUUCUCCACCAGACCCUGGACUUUGAUGAGUUCAUUGCCCCCCUCCCACCUCCACCCUACUACCCUCCGGAAUAUACCUGCACACCCACAGCGGAGGCCCACAGGGGCCUCCACCUGGACUUCGCUUCCUCUCCAUUCAGCACUCUAUAUGAUGUUGCCAUCAACAGCCCUGGCAUGCUGUACCCUGCUGAGCUGCCCCCACCAUAUGAGGCUGUGGUGGGUCAGACUCCUGCCAGCCAGGUUCCAAGUGUUGAUCACCAGGUGGCUGACUCCAGUUCCGGGGACCCAAACACUGCUGCUGGCUUCAGCACACCAGUGCCUGCCAGUAGCACCAGUCUCCCAACAUCAGAGGGCGCUGCCUCCCUGGGCCCAAGCCACCCAUCCCCCGAUGGCACUUUAGACACCCCACCACCUCUCCUAUCUACUCCAGUCCCUCACCCCAUGUCUCCAGAAGCAACAAGCUUAAGCACACAGGCACAACCAAGCCCAGGGCGUGUGGCCCGCUCAGCCAGUGACCCCACCUCCUGCACAUCCAGUGAAGCAGUCUCCGCAUUACGCCCAGCCAUGGCUGCCUGUCAGCACCAGCUCUCAUCUGCUGGCAACCCAGAUACCUGGAAAAUGGACCAAGGGGCCAAGCCAGAGACCUUACAGACCGUCUCCAAAGAGAGGCCACACUCCCUAGUGGAGAGCAAGGCCUACAUGGACACCAGGGUUUUGGUGGCUAAGUUCUUGGAACACUCACACUGCACUGUCCCUUCGGAGGUGCGACAUGUGGUGGGCACCAUCCGCUCAACGGUCACCUCGGAGGAGCCCAGGGUGGAAGAGGCCAUCUUUGGUGCUGGUGUCCUGGACCAGCUAUGAAGCAGCUACAGACCUGAAUGUGGACACCGAUGAGCCCAGUGCCUGCAAAGUCCAGUUCUGCAUGACACCACCAUGCUUGAUAGAGAGAGGCCUUUGGCCUGCUGUGCAGAGAACACCCAGAAUACCCAGGCGAAAGCUCUCUGGUGGCCCAGGCAGGGAACUGUUACUCUUUCCCCCAUCAGUUGUCUUCCCGGGACUGUUUGCUCCCUGUCCCCACUAACUCAGACAUGUUUCUCUUUUGCCCUUAGCAAGCUCUGGCUGCUUCAGGGGUGUAGCACCUUGAACUGAAGAAUGUGGCAGGAAUACCUAUCCAGGGACAGCUGACACUUGUGGAACAUGAGGACACUGCAUCUGUUCCAAGUCAAGGCCUUUAACACAAGGUUCUCUUCUGGGCCCAGUUGAGUUCGGUGUUAAUCGAGUAGUUGGUGGCAGCAGCAAUGGAGCCAUUUCCCAUGUGGCUGGUAUCACUCUGCAAUGAAACCUUUAUAAAAUUCAGACCCAUUGCUUCCUUUCAAAGGAAACAGGCAAUGUUAGCACAGCCUGGACCCACCCUUUUGCUCACUGAGCUAUCAUGCAAAUAAAUCCAUAAUGAAAACUCUUCCUAGGCACUCUUGGGAAGCAAGCAGUUGACACAGAGGCUUGAAAUGCCCGCCUCCUUACAUCCUGGGCUUCCCCACUAUGCCUCUGUCUGUGGGCUGCUAUCCCCACUUCCUUUCCUGGGCCCCUCCCCCACAGUCUCCCACCCUUUAACCACAGCAAAUAAUCGUUACUUGUGUCUUAACAAUAUGCUCCUCCCCCCAUCCCUUGGAGGGUGUCCCCUGGGACCUGACCUCACCCAACUGAGCUGGGUAGGACACAGUCUGGGCUAAGAAGCAUUUUUUUUUUCACUGUGAUAUGUGCACCUUUGGCUAAGGCAUGCUUUUAAUGAUUCAGAGCUGUCCCUGUUCGACUCAGGUGGCAAUAGGCACACCUGUGUUGAAGGAUGCAAAUGUCCAGUCACUUAUUUCUGGGAGAAUGCCAGUAGUGAAUGGACAGAAGCAAGGCAAAAACCAACUUAGGCACAACCAGGUGGCUUUGGGCCAAAUGGACAGUCCGGAAUUUCUUGGCUGUUGAGACCUCAUUUUCUGACAAGUUCAACAGUGACCACUUUUUAGCAGUGGGUCUGGAGCAACACUGCCUGCAAGAACUUCCUGCAAAAAAUGGAAACACCCAGAUCUGGUUCAUCCAAACCAGCAGCUCCAAGCAUGUGAGAUCACCGCACCCCAAUUAGCCUGUUGGCACAGAAGUCCUAAGUCUGUGGGAAGUGCCAGGGUGGACCAGAGCAUGACCACCGUUGUUCAGUGUCCAGCUGGUAGGCCUAAGCAGCUCUUCAGUUUUACCUGUCCUUGCCUGUCCUUCAGCCUCCAUGCCCCUGUUCCAGCCCCCAAAUACCCUGUAGCCAAUAUGCUGAGGACCUUCAUGUGUUUGGAAGCUGUGGGGCUUCAGCCCACAUAUGGCUUGGGAAACACCCAGCGGUAGUCAGCGCUCCAUGGUCUGAUGACUUUACCAUUGCCCUAAGUUGUUGCCUUCCUGAGGUUAGGGAACUGGAAAGCAUAAAUCAGGCAUUUGACGGCAACCUUGCCUUUUCCGAAGGAGAUGCAAUAGAGAUGAGUUUUUUGAGCACUUUAUUCAGACUAUAAAAUCCUCUAAUUUUUCUCAAAUGAGGGUUUUGUCAGAUUCCUUGUAGGUAGAAUGGCCUCCCCUGAGCCUAUCAGCUUGAAAAACUUCCAUAGCCUGGACCUGAGGUGAGGCAGCUGUAGGGUGUCUCCUGAUUGGAGGGUCCAUGCAGCAGUGUGACUAAACAUUUAUGGGUCUUGGAACCAGCUGAGACACAGGAGAGGCCAGGACCCACCCCAUCCCAACUGACCCAAGCUCUAGGAUAUUUUCAUAGUAUAGCCAGGGUGAAUAGUUUCUGGACACAGCCUGGGACUCUGUGGCAUUCAUGCUGUCACUUUGCAGCAGGCCCUCAUCUAUCUGUCACAUAGCACUCUUGCCUCAACCUGCACCUCUCCUCAGUUGCAGGCCACCACCACCACUACCUGGAAAUCCCUGAGUCCCCAGGCAGUCUCCAGAAAGUGGUAUGCACAAACUAGUCUGGCCAGGUUAUGAGAUGGCUCCCCUAACUGGUUUAUCUUACAGGACUUCAUGCUCCUGGGUUGGUGAGAACCCCUGGUUCCCAGAAAAAGGCUGUCAGAAUGGAGACAAGUCAGUCUCCAUUCACCUUCACAGGGCCCCAGGUGGCCCACAUGAGCACUAGGAAGGCUACAGGCUACAGGCUUCCAGAAGUCAGAGGUAUUGGUUACAGCCACCAGAUGAUGUUCUUGGAAUUGGACUUGUCUCUUCUGGGUCCCUUGGCUCUGCCUCUAGGAACCCCAGGCAAUAUGUGGGUUCCCUGAAGCAAAAAAUUGCUGUCCUCAAAAUUGCUUGCACAUCCUUCCAUCUUGGAACCUUUUUCCCUGUUGUCCCCCCCAAUUGGUAUCCAAACUGGGCCCAACAGUGAUCAUUUGGAAGGGGAUGCUCUCACUCCAGGCUUGUUAGGUCCUGGGCCCCCAACCAGAAAAUAAAAGGCCAUCUCUUUUAGGACAUCCUUCAAGUGUCUAAGUGUCUGCCUAGGGGCAGAAAGAUGCUGAUGUGAACACACGGUAGGCACCAACUCUAUUUCAAGGAAGGCAGGGCAGGAGGCUCCAUCACAGGGACUAACGGUCUCCUUCUCAGGGAGGCCAUGAUAAAAUGAAAUGCUUGCAACCAGCCCUGGAACGGAAAGCUCACGUCGGAUCUUCUCUCCUCCCUUCCCCUUGUGCUAUAGCAGCUUACAGAUGCUGCUGAAGCAGAAUUUAUAGGGAAUUGUUUUCAGGCCACCAGAGAGCUGUUUGUACAACUUGAAAGGUUGUAUUUAUUUAAUGUACCUCAAGGUGUUUUAAUAAUGAUCAGUGUUUUAAUAAAAAGUAUUUCUGGUCGCUGA